UAUCAAUCUUGAAAUGGGUAUUUGUUUGAUCUUCCCACUUUUAUCUCAAUUUUUGUAAGUGGGCAUUUCUUGAUUUUGAUUUUUUGGGUUUUUGUUUACAUGUAUAUGUAUGUGUAGUUAUCAAUCUUGAAAUGGGUAUUUGUUUGUUUUUGCUACUUUUAUCUCAUUUUUGUUAAGUCGGUAUUUCUUGAUUUUGAUUUUUUUUUUUUUUUACAUGUUUGUAUAUAUGUAUGUGUAGUUAUCAAUCUUGAAAUUGAUUUUUUUUGAUAACUGUGGUGUCCGGGCCAACUUUUGUGCACCUCGACUAAAUCCACGAGAUACGUGUCAUCUCCCGUCAGCAAUGGAUAUUUGUUUGUGUUUUCUUGUUUUUAUCUCAAUUUUGUUAAGUGUGUAUUUCUUGAUUGUGAGUUUUUGGGUGUUUUUUACAUGUCUAUGUAUGCGUACUUAUCAAUCUUGAAAUGGGUAUUUGUUUGUAUUUCCUGGUUUUGUCUUAGUUUUGUUAAGUGGGUAUCUCUUGAUGUGGCUAUUUGAUUAUGAAUUAUUUGGGGUUUUCUCUCUCUCUCUCUCUCUCUAUAUAUAUAUAUAUAUAUAUAUAUUUUAUAAACGUGGUGUCCGGGCCAGCUUGCGCGCACCUCGACUAGGUUUUCUAUAUGCUGAUUUGAGACUUGCUAGAUUUGAAUUUGAUUUGAUGCUCACAAAGUUGCUGAAUUUUGAUCUGAAUUUUGGUUGUAGGAAGGUUAAGUAGCUUGGAUUUGUAAAAUUAGCUGAAAUUUUGGUUUUAGGGGUAUUUUCGUUGUUUAUUUUUUAGGUUUUGGCAACUUGAGGGGAGUUAAAGAGUGAUUUUUGGACGUUUUGACUGUGUCAAUGUCGUGGGCUGAUUCUGUCUCUGUAGCCGAGAAUCUGGCUGGAGCUCCGCCCAAGUCAGCAUAUGUUCCACCACAUCUGCGAAACAGACCUUCGGCUGAUCCUCCUGCACAGGCUUCGUAUGCUGGGACUGCUGCAUUUGGUAAUGACCAUGGUGGUUAUGGUGUCCCAAAUGUGGUUGGGAGUCGUUGGAGUGGUCAAAGGAAUGAAUACCAAUCUGGUUUUGCUGGUGGAGGAGGACGUGGUGGUGGUUGGAAUAGCAGAAGUGGUGGUUGGGAUCGUGGGAGGGAUCGGGAAGUUAACCCCUUUAAAGACGCUGAUAGUGAAGUCGUUGGUGAACAAGAGAGUUCUGCGAUCAAUUUUGAUGCAUAUGAGGAUAUUCCAGUGGAAACGAGCGGGGAGAAUGUGCCCCCUCCUGUGAAUACUUUUUCAGAUAUUGAUUUAGGUGAAGCUGUCGAUGAAAAUAUUAGGAGGUGCAAGUAUGUUAAGCCAACCCCUGUGCAACGGCAUACUAUACCUAUUUCACUUGCGGGGAGGGAUUUGAUGGCUUGUGCGCAGACUGGUUCUGGAAAAACUGCUGCUUUCUGCUUCCCCAUCAUAAGUGGGAUCAUGAGGGGCCAAUUUCCUCGACCUCCACGUCCACGUAUGGCAUUUCCUCUAGCUCUUAUUCUCUCCCCGACGAGGGAGCUCUCAUGCCAAAUCCAUGAUGAAGCUAAAAAAUUUUCAUAUCAAACUGGUGUCAAGGUGGUUGUUGCCUAUGGUGGUGCUCCUAUAAACCAACAGCUUCGAGAAUUAGAGAGAGGCGUGCAUAUUCUUGUAGCGACCCCUGGACGGUUGGUAGAUUUACUUGAGAGAGCAAGAGUCUCGUUGCAGAUGAUAAGGUAUUUGGCUCUAGACGAGGCUGACCGAAUGCUUGACAUGGGUUUUGAACCUCAAAUAAGAAAAAUAGUGCAACAGAUGGACAUGCCUCCGCCAGGUGUACGACAGACCAUGCUUUUCAGUGCCACUUUUCCGAAAGAGAUUCAGAGACUGGCUUCAGAUUUUCUAUCCAAUUAUAUCUUUUUGGCCGUCGGAAGGGUUGGUUCUAGCACAGAUUUGAUUGUCCAAAGAGUAGAAUAUGUUCAAGAGACUGACAAGAGAAGUCACUUGAUGGAUCUCCUUCAUGCACAGAAGGAAAAUGGUGUUCAUGGCAAGCAAGCUCUUACCCUUGUUUUCGUGGAGACUAAGAAAGGAGCUGAUGCACUGGAGCAUUGGCUUUGUAUAAAUGGUUUCCCUGCUACUGCUAUUCAUGGUGAUAGAACUCAGCAGGAGAGGGAACAUGCUCUGAGAUCUUUCAAAACUGGUAAGGCACCAAUCUUGGUUGCAACAGAUGUAGCAGCACGUGGUCUCGAUAUCCCUCAUGUUGCACAUGUUGUCAACUUUGAUCUGCCAAAUGAUAUUGAUGACUAUGUGCACCGUAUUGGAAGAACUGGACGAGCAGGAAAAACAGGUUUAGCUACUGCCUUCUUCAAUGAGAACAAUUCGUCAUUGGCAAGAUCACUAUCUGACUUGAUGCAAGAAGCAAACCAAGAAGUACCUGCAUGGCUUUCGCGCUUUGCUGCUCGAUCCUCUUAUGGAGGCAAAAAUCGUCGUGGUGGAGGUCGUUUUGGUGGUCGUGACUUUAGAAGAGAUUCCUCUUACAAUCGAGGUGCUACUACAGACUAUUAUGGUGGUGGUGCCAAUAUGAGCAGUGGCUAUGCAUCUGGAGGGUAUAAUGCGUCGUAUGGAGCAGCAGGCGUGACUAGUGCGUGGGACUAAAACGUCCUCAUUUUUCUCAUUGCAAAUUCAGAUGUAGUUCCAAGUUCUCUAUGUUAGCAAAACUAGUCACUUUUGUUGGUUCUCUUAUGUUCUCGUUUCACUUUCGUGGUGGUGGUUAUCGGUUGUGACAUAGUCUAAGGGUUUUAGGGGAUGGUGUAAAUCUGGCAGGCGGCGGCGAAUAAUUACUAACAGAUUAGGAAUUUUUUGCCUCAUUUUAACUUCUCCCUUUUGUGUUUCUGCCAGAAAUGUGAUUUAUACUUCUCUUAGAAGUACUAUUGAAUCAACCCAAUGUUUGUUGGUUUGUACAUUGCUUCUGCAGAGGUCUUUCAACCAAAAGUUUGAAGUUAUGUUUCUACUAUAGUCACUUUGUUGUUGUAAGAUUCUGGAAGUCUAUUUACCAGAUUUUCCAUUGUACACACAUUAGUCUAAGUUCUUGGAGAAGUAUUUGUUGUUUAAUGUUUCAUUUCUCUUUAA